AAACACCUUUGUUAGAACUUUCAAACCCCCAGGUUUUUUCAUUAUGAGUACGCUGUCUUGUGGAAUUGUUGGCCUUCCAAACGUUGGAAAAUCCACUCUCUUUAAUGCUUUGCUAAAAAAAAUCCAAGCAGGAGUUGCCAACUUCCCCUUUUGUACGAUUGAACCCAAUAUCGGAGUUGUCGAUGUCCCUGAUAAACGGCUUCAAAUUCUUUCUAAUCUUUCAAAAAGUCGAAAAAUUGUCCCUGCUACCAUGACUUUUGUCGAUAUUGCAGGACUAGUAAAAGGAGCCUCAACUGGAGAAGGGUUAGGCAAUCAAUUUCUCAAAAAUAUUCGAGAAACAGAUGCCAUCGUUCACGUUGUUCGCUGUUUUGAAAAUGAUCAAGUCGUUCACAUUGAAGGAAAAGUGAACCCAAUUGCUGAUAUUGAGGUGAUCCACCUCGAACUUGUACUCGCAGAUUUGCAAAUGGCCACGAAUAUUCUCCAAAAAAUUGAAAGGCAAGCCAAAGGAAAUAAAGAGAACCUUCUCAGCAUUGAAACCCUAAAAAAAGAAGAACAGGCUAUUUUGAAACCUUACCACUUCAUUACAUCUAAAAAAAUGAUCUACGCAGCGAAUCUUUCAGAAGAAGAUAUUCUUGGAUCAAAUCAGUCUCAUCUCAAAGCGGUUCAAGACUACGCAGCUGAGGAAAAUAGCGUUGUUCUUCCUUUUGCGCAAAAUUGGAAGAAGAACUGCUCGCCCUACCUCAAGAGGAGGCCGAAGAGAGAACAAGAAACUCGAGCUUGGACGAUUCAAACCGGAACAACUGCUCCCGAAGCUGCCGGAAAAAUUCACACCGACCUUCAAAAAGGAUUUAUCCGCGCAGAAGUGAUUUCAUUUGAGGAAAUGGUCAAAUAUGGGGGACGACUUGGAGCAAAAGAAUCUGGAAAAGCCCAUUUAGAGGAAAAGAGAUUAAUAGUUUAUAACCUUGAUUGCCCUGUUAAAAAACAAGUGGAUUCAGGGAAAAAAUAUACGCUCGUUCAAGAUAUUUUUAAGGAAUUAGUAAAAACAGCAGAAAAAAGAUGCCCUUCAUCAAAGCAGAAUCGAUGGGAGAUUCGUAUUAAGGAAGACUCUGAAAUCAACGCCUUUUGUGCUCCCGGUGGAAAAGUGAUUAUUACCACUGCCAUGCUUAGAAAAUUGAAACAAAAAGCAAGCAAGGCUAGUGAUGUUUCCCAAAAAGAUCUUAUUGCAGCAGUACUCGGACAUGAAAAUCAGCCACGCCCUAGCUGA